AUGGACGCCCAUGCAAGGGCACGUAUGCCACCACCGCAUCAGACACCCAAACUAUCAUCUCGAUCGAAGAUCAUAGUACCCAAAACACCAGCUCAUCUAAAAUCACCACCACUGACAACAUCGAACAACUCGAAUACACCUCAUCAUACCGAAACCCUUUCAAACAUGCUCUCCCCGAAAGAAGGAUCAACGAGGCUGAAGAUCAAAUCAGCUACUACCCCAGAAGCGAAAAGUAGGUUAUUGAUCAAGCCUCUCGGUGCCCGUGCUCAAGCACCACGAGUCAAUGAUACUCUUGCUGCACCGUCCAUGAGGCUGGUCAACAAACCAGCAUCACCCGACUAUGUGCCCACCCUAGCAGAUGAGGGAUGGAUGUCGGCGGAUCACGGUGAUGUCGACUCUACGCCAACCAUGGGAUUUGAUGGAUAUGAAGAUGAGAUGGCCGAAACGGAGGCGGUCUUGAUAUCUGUCAGAGUACGACCACCAAAUCCUGUUGAGAUUCGAGCCGACGCAGGCUGUGUUUGGACAAUGCCUGAACAUGAUGAACACUUGCUUAAGCUAGCCAAAGGCACGGAGGGAAGUAGAGAAGACAGAGAUUGGAUAUUCGAUCGUAUCCUUCCACCCCACUCGGAUAACAGCAGAUGUUAUGGUACUUCUGCUCGACGACACGUUCGGUCUGCAAUGGAAGGAUAUAACGCUGUGAUAUUCGCAUAUGGUCAGACCGCUUCCGGUAAAACUCAUACACUGAGCGGUUCAUCGAUGGAACCUGGUAUAAUUCCAUUGGCAAUAUCAGAUUUAUUCGCUCAAAUUCGAUCUACCCCAGAUAGAGAAUUCUUACUGAGAGCGUCUUAUCUGGAAUUGUAUAACGAAACGAUCAUCGACCUGCUUUCACCCGUUGCUGGAAAUGAGUUACAACUGAGUGAAGGUAAAAAGGGCGUUGUCAUCAACGGGUUGACUGAAGUUGCCGUGAGGACCGAACAGGACGUCAAAAGAUUGUUGAGAUCAGGUGAAGAUAGACGAAAAGUCGGAGCAACUGAUUGGAAUGCCAGAAGUUCUCGAAGCCAUUGUGUUUUCCGCAUUGCAAUCGAAUCAAGAGGUAGAAAUGCAGCUGUCGAAGAGCCUCCAAUCGGAGCAAGAACUCCUGGUGGCAGACUCAAGACCGCAGGUGAUAAAAUGACUAGAAUCAGUAAUCUGUCUAUCAUCGAUUUGGCUGGAUCGGAGAAACACACUUCUUCAAAAGAACGUAAUGCAGAAGGAAAACACAUCAACCAGUCUCUGUUAACGCUUAAAUUGGUCAUCUCCAAACUUGCUGAUUUGGCGUCCAAGAGGAAUGUCACCCAUGUACCCUACCGAGAUAGUAAACUCACUCGACUACUCCAAAAUUCGCUUUCCGGUGAUGCUUUAAUCUCGGUGAUUUGCACCAUUUCCCCUUCAAAUCUGAAUCUGGCCGAAUCUAUAUCAACGCUUGCAUUCGCCCAAGGUCUAAAGAGAGUAGUCUUGAAAGCUCAGAAGAAGGAGGUGGUAGAUCCACAUGCUCUGAUACAGCAAUACCAGAGUGAAAUCGCUGAAUUGAGAGCUCAACUCAGAGAGAAAGAAGUCAGUGGUGGUAAUAAAACUGAUAGCCAAAACAAUGAGGCCAUGGAGAAGAGACUGAAUGAACUCAAGAGUAUGAUUUUGACAUCUGUUAAUGUCAAUUCACCAAACCCGGAGGAUAAUUCAACGAUGAUACCCCCCAGUCCAGCGAAGAUGAAAUAUCCUAAACUCGAAUACGAUAGACCUUCUGCUGAGCUGCUAGAAGAGCUUCACGCUGAGCAGCUUCAUCGUGCAGAAUUGGAAGAUGAAGUGGCUAGGCUCAAAGCUGAAUUAGCUACUAGACCUGUGGAGCCUAACAAGGAGAUAGUGCAAUUGCGAAAUGAAGUUGCUGAAUUGAGGUUGAUCGCGGACGACUACGAACGGCAUCUCCUUGAGCCGUCGCGCAAAGUCCGAGCAGAUGUCGAAAAAGAGUUUAUGGACAAGAUGAAGACGCUGGAAAAUCAGUUGGAUAGUAAGAAGAUUUGGGCGAAUAGAUUGGACGAGAAUGUCAGGUUCCUCACUCAGGAGAACAAGGCUUUAGAAGGGCGAUGUCAAGAAGCCGAAUCUAAAGUAUUACAAAUAAUCGAAUUCAUCAACUUGGCAUUAUUACCUUCAGAUCCUACAUCUUCUGGCCUUUACCCGAUAUCAGAAUUUGAACGUGAGAUAACACCACCGUCUGAUAUACCAACAUUGGUGGUCUCAGAUGAUUUCUCACCUUCACCUUCUAUGCAAGUUGGGAAAUCAACGUUGACGUUAUCUGCCUCUAAAAUGAGAGCUACUUUCUCACAAAUGGAUUUGGCUAAUUUCAAUGACAAAUUCGCCACUUUAACUGUGAAUAAGAAAAGUAAAGGAAAAGGAUUGGGGAUUUCAACUGGUCCACCAGGAGGAGGGGGAUGGAAUGGUAAGAUGAUAAGAGAAGAAAGUAGCUUUGCAUUAGCUGAAGUUGCGGGUGAUGAGUAUGACGAUGACAUGUUUUAG